AAUCUGUUCAAGUUGGCAAGUCCUAUAUUUAAUCUCUGUCCCUUUUCCUGCCAUUAUGUCCAUCUCGGGUUCAAACUCUGUUAAUUGGGGGGCUUCUUCCCAGAAAUCUGGGUAUUCUCUUUCCCAAGGAGCAGCAUCUGGGGGUGUGUUUUCCGCAGGUCUAUCCCGCUUCAGUGCAGGGGGAUUCGGUUUGGGUGGUGGAAGUCUGGGAGGAGGACUAGGUGGAGCAGGUGCCCUUGGCUUAGGAGGAGGAGGAGGAGGUGCUUUUGGCUUAGGUGGUGGUGCAGGUGCCUUUGGCUUAGGUGGUGGUGCAGGCUUAGGAGCAGGAUAUGGAGGUUUUGGGGGAGGUUUGGGUGGAGGACUAGGAGGCAGUGCAGCAUUUUCUUUGGGGCGCUCUCUCACCUCUGGUGGACUUAGUUCAACUUUGAAUGUAGGAGGACCUCGCGUUGUGCCCCAGUUAUUGUCUAGGGCUACAGAAAAACAAACCUUGGCUGGCCUGAAUGAGCGUUUUUUUUCUUAUAUGGAGAAGGUAAAACAGCUACAAAUUGAAAACCAAACACUGCAGACACAACUGAACCUACUGACUGGUGGCACAUCCGUCUCAUCUUCAGAUUCUUCUGCCCCAGUAAAUUUUGAGCUACAGCUUACAGAUUUAAGAAAUACAGUUGAAACACUCACUUUAGAAAAUGUUCGACAUGAAAUUGAACUUGAUAAUGUAAGAGGAGCAGCAGAAGAGCUCAAGACAAAAUAUGAAUUAGAAUUAGGGGUAAAAUAUCAGCUGGAAACUGACAUUGCAGCAAUGAAACGGGACAUUGAGUCUGCCACUGAACUGCGGACAAUUCUUGAACAAAGAUUCUCUGCUGCCCUUGAUGACCUUGAAUUCCUGAAGAAGACUCAUGAAGAAGAACUAAGUACACUACAGAGUAAAUUGGGAACCACAGCAGAUACUUCUGUUUCACUGAUCGAAGUGGAUGCAAUUAAAUCAUUUGACAUCACUACUGCCCUGAACAGACUCAGAGCUGAAUAUGAAAAGUCUGUCCAACAACACAAAGAAGAUGCAGAAACCUAUUUCAGAGCUAAGAUUGAAGAAAUAAACAGUGAAACAGCUAAAACAACAGAAGUCGUUGCCACAAUUAAAGCAGAAAUUUCCAGCACAAAGAAAGAACUCCAAACAUUAAACACUGAACUCCAGUCUGUUCUCACAGUGAAUUAUACAAUGGAAAGCAACCUGGCAGAAGUUGUUGCCAGAUCUAGUGUGGGAGUGGCUGAAUAUCAAUCACAGGUCACCAGCUAUGAAGCCGCAAUUGAAUCAGCUAAGGUAGAGCUUCACAAAAUCAUUGUGAAUUAUCAGGAACUGCUGGACAUAAAACAAGCUUUAGAUGUUGAAAUCUCCACCUACAAGAAGCUACUGGAGGGUGAAGAUCUCAAAUUUCCUGAAAUGGAAGUAUUAAGUGGAGGAACAUACACUUACUCAUCUGAUGCUGGCUUUCAGAAGAAGGAGGCAAGUGCAGGAUCAUUGGCAGCGAGUAGCAGCUAUGCUAUGUCCCUUUCCAACCUUAUAUCAUCAUGA